CAAGUAGCAGAGGCACAGAGCAGACGGCUAGGAGAUACUGUGGAGUAUGCCUACUGUCCUCUAAGUCACUACUUGAGAUCUGUUCAAGCAUUGUUCGCAUGUGCAUUUAUGCACAUUAUAGAACAUACUCAAGAAAAUUCAGUUUUCAUCAUAAUCCAAGUGUGAAAAAUUGUGUUGUUUGGAAAAGAGUCAUCAAGAAAUGUGAAUGUGAUUCUAAACACAUCUAAUGAAGAUUUAGUGAAGUCCUUUGAUGUCAAGAUGGUAGCAAGAUCUAAGAUAAAGUUCUGUACUUGACAACCAAGUUUGAGUUUCUGAGAAAACCGUGAGCACGUGUUUGUGAUAAAUCCCAGCGGAAGCAUGCUUGAGAUCAGCUGAUCCUGCUGCUAUUGCCAAGCAGAGGAGUACUUGCACAUUGUGUAAUUGAGUUAGAGCUACCUGUAGUUUGCAAUUAACAGGUAGAUACGGUUUAAGAAGAUAAAUCCAGGAAUAUUCGGAUGUUCUCAGGAUAGCUGUGGACUUACAUGACAAGAUGAGGUGUUUGACACAGCAUUGGAUGCAGGUGGUUGUUGUCAGUUUCGUGGCGUUUACGUGUGUGUUUGUGGCAUCGCAGGAUGACAUUCCUCUCGGAGCAGCGUCGUUAGCAUUUGUGUUUGACAUAACGGGAUCGAUGUACGAUGACUUGGUACAGGUGACAGAAGGUGCUGCUACGAUCCUGGCAACAGCUCUGGCCCGCAAAGAAAAACCUCUGUAUAACUAUGUUCUUGUUCCAUUCCAUGAUCCAGAUAUUGGUCCUUAUCUGGUGACCUCUGACCCUAAAGAAUUCCAGCGUGAGUUGCGAUCAUUGUACGUGCAGGGAGGUGGUGACUGUCCGGAGAUGAGCAUCGGCGCCAUCCAGCUGGCCCUGGAAAAGUCUCUGCCCAACUCCUUCAUCUACGUCUUCACCGACGCCCGCUCCAAGGAUUACUACCUCACCGACCAAGUGCUGGAGAUCAUUCAGCAGAAACAAAGUCAGGUGGUGUUUGUACUGACUGGUGACUGUGGCAACAACACACACAAGGGGUUCAAAGCCUAUGAGGAAAUUGCCUCCACUAGUUCUGGACAAGUCUUCCUACUCAAGAAGUCCCAAGUCAACCAGGUGCUGAACUUUGUGCGAGUGGCGGUACAGGCUCGGAAGGUCAACCUGAUGUCGGUUGACCAGGACACGGCUCGGACACAGACUUUCCCCAUCCCCAUCGACUCACAGCUUCAGGAGAUCACUGUAUCGGUCAGCGGGGAGACACCGAGAAUAGUACUCAGAGACCCAGACGGCAACCAGGUCCCGAUAGGCGACUCCCUGUUCGAGUAUGACGGCUCCCAGAACUACAUCAAGGAAUUGUUGAACAUCAAGAACGUGUUGAUCCAUAACGUGAAAGACCCCACUCCUGGAAUUUGGGAACUGGAGGUGGCCAGCGGCAGCCCACACACCAUCAGAGUCAGCCUCAGCACCGUCGACUUCGCUGCAGGCUUUGCCAAGAAACCAGGCACCGACUUCUCUCAGACCAGUCUCAGACCUGUUGACGGUAUUCCAACCCAUGUGGUGAUCAAUGCAACUGACCUUGACCCUCCUGCAACACUGACUCGACUGGAGCUGGUUGACCUGAAGGGAGAGGCACUAAUUGAGUUCCCCGUGUCCCGAGAUCCAACCAACCCUGCCCUCUACAAUGUCACAUCCUUCAUUCCACCCAACGAAUUCUUCUACCUCAAGGUUGAUGGUAUAGACCACCAGGGUUAUGUACUACGGAGAACCACACCCACAGCCAUCAGCCCACGUGUUCCAACAGCACCAACAGUGUCCAUGCCAGAUCUUACGCUCACCUGGUUUCUUCCGACCAGACAGCGAUGUACGUUGAUAUGCACGGUGCAGAGUCUGCCCUACACCGUCCGAUGGUUUCGAAGGGGGGUACAAAUGGGAUAUGACAUGAGCUUCUAUGACUCGGCCAAUGCAACACUAGAGGUUCCCCGAGCAGGGUCCAGCUCAGAGGGAGACUAUGUCUGCAAUGCCACCAAUAUUGCUGGCAGUGCCACCACAAAGACGUAUCUUGACAUCAGCGAUCCACCUCCAGUGAUCUCCAAGACAUGGAACAUCUCUGUCCUCCUGGGUGACAGUGCUAUACUCACUUGUAAUGCCUUCAGUACAGUGGAGUUCAACAUGACAUGGUAUAAACCUGGGCGAUACGGACCCGUAGCUCUGGAUCCUAGAGUCAGUGUUCUGUCAAAUGGGUCUCUGUUUAUAAGGAAUGUUCAGAGGGAGGACGUGGGGCUCUAUGUCUGUAAGGCCAGUAAUGAAGGGGGAUCCACCGAGGACAAGGUCUUCCUCAGGCUUCAAGAACCCCCGAUUGCCAGAACUAUUCCCCGGUCUCAGAACUUCCUCAUUGGUCGAACCAUCAACGUUACUUGUGUUGCCGACGGAUACCCUCCACCCAAAUACAGCUGGAUGAGAGGAGGGAAGUUCAUAGUUCCUACGAAGCGAAUCUAUUUCAACGAUGGUGUGCUGAUAAUAAAAAAGAUCAGACGAACUGAUGAAGGGGAUUACGAAUGCUUAGCCAAAAACCCAGCAGGAGAGGACAUAGCUAUUGCUCGAGUAAAUUACAUUGAAUCGCCACGUAUUCGUCAGUAUGAAAGGAGGAUGCUGGUUGCUUCUGGUGACAGAGCUCGACUAACAUGUGAGGCUGAGGGCAUCCCAAGGCCAGAGAUAACAUGGUACAGGGGAGACCGGAAGCUUCAGUCAGCGUAUAAUGUGGACAUCACCCGCAAUGGCCGCCUCAUCAUCCGGAAUGUGCAGGAAAUGGAUGCAGGAGACUACCGAUGUGUUGUUACCAAUGAAGCCGGCUCCGAUAACGCUAAAGUGACACUGGAAGUCGGGUCUCCUCCGGAGAUAAUCAGACCACCAGGCAAUGUUGGGAUUGAGAUUGAGAGGAACGGCACUCUUGAGUGUGAGGCAACAGGGAUGCCGCCACCAAAGAUCAUAUGGCGACGUGGUGAUGGCAAGCCUCUCGACAUCAGUGGCAGAUUCCAACAGUUGCCUUCUGGUGGACUGCAUGUUUCAAACAUCGGGCUCGGGGACGAGGGUAUCUACACUUGCCUGGCUCAGAAUGCCUUUGGUGUUAACGAUGCAUCUGCCUUUGUCAGUGUCACAGGAAUAGUGCGGCCACUCAUCGCCUACACCUACCCCAUUGUAAAGGUCCAACUGGGAGAGAAAGCAGAACUGGAGUGUGUCGUACUGCUCGGUAAACCCACACCCAAAAUCAACUGGAUGAAAAAUGGGCGCGUGUUGUCCCCUGGUGGCAGGAUAAAAAAGACAGGUCCAGGGAAGAUCGUGAUCUCCAACAUCACUCACGACGAUGAUGGGGAGUACGUCUGUCAUGCCAGCAACAUCGGUGGCAAUGCCACAUACUCCAUCAAUGUGGAUGUGUUAGUUCCUCCUAGGCUAAUCCAAGAUGACCUUGAGGGCAAUCGGAACUUCAGCGUUAACCAAGGUAAAGGGAUAGUGUUGCCGUGUCGAGCUGUGGGCGACCCUCGACCCACGUUUCAGUGGUACAAGGACGGCUCCCCCAUUUCCCUCAGCGAUAUCCACUACUUUGUGCGCAACGAUGGCAGCCUGGAGAUAUUCAGCGCCGACCCUGGUGACACUGGCUCCUACAAAUGUGUUGCUUCCAACAUAGCUGGCGGCACUGAGAAGGUCAUGACCCUUGAUGUCAGGAUUGCUCCCACUAUUGACGGCGCCCUUGAUGAGACAUAUGAAAUCUUGGAACACGAGAGUAUACUACUUCCCUGUAAUCCCACGGGAAAACCAAACCCCAAAACAUUCUGGAGACGGAACUUUACUCCAUUCCGUCCACGGUCAUCGAGGAUCCACAUCAGGGAACGAGGCCUGUUCAUCAAGAAAGCCAGACUCCAAGACAAGGCCAUCUAUGAAUGUGUUGCCUCAAAUGUUGCCGGCAACACGACUAAAGUCAUCACACUGAUUGUCUUCAGACCACCCACCAUUAACGCGGGUCCGUCGUACAUCACAGUGAUGGAGGGGGAGCCAGUUCUGCUGGAGUGUGAGACGGAUGGAGACCCAACCCCCAUUGUCACCUGGAAGAAGAACAACACCAUCAUGGACGUCACCGAUGCAGACAGCGGCGUUUACAUGAUCGGAGCAGGGUCGCCUACGCUUGACUCUGUUCGCCUGACAGAUGCAGCGAUGUACACAUGUAAUGCCAAGAACCCAGCGGGGGAGGCGUACCAGGACUUCAGGCUGGUCGUUCAUGCACCCCCACAAAUAGCAGAAAAUCUCCCGACCUACACCGAGGUCAUUGAAAACAAUCCAGUUAUGCUCCGAUGCCCAGCGACAGGUACCCCAACUCCAAAGAUCACGUGGCUGAAGGAUGGUGUACAGGUGUCAAGCACUGACCUUGGUGUCACUCUGCGAGCUGAUGGCAACCUGGAGCUGGACAACGCCCUGGCAACAGACUCAGGGAUGUACAUGUGUAUUGUGGAAAAUGUGGCGGGCAAUGACAGUCAUGCAGUUAAUCUCAAGAUACUCGUUCCUCCCAAGCUGGAGACUGAUGGAUCAUUCGGUAAUGAUGUUGACAAGCCAACUGUCAUCGUGAACAACUCCAUCACCAUCCGAUGUCCUGUUGCGGAGGACGUCGAUCCUCCACCAAUCAUCACGUGGUACAGGAAUGGGCAGCUCCUGCGGGAUAAUCCUGACGACCUUCGCAUCGCCAUCUCAGACUCGGGUCUCGAACUCAUCAUCGCCUAUGCCCUGAUCAGCGACACUGCUCGGUACAAGUGCACUGCUGUCAACCCUGCAGGCGAGACUGAGAAAAAGUUUGAUUUGGACGUGUUAGUCCCUCCAACUGUCGAUGAAGGCUUAUCUUCCCCCAACAAUAUGACAGUGGUGGUUGGUCAGCCCCUGUACAUAAACUGUCCAAUAGGAGGCAUCCCACCACCGGUAGUCAAGUGGUUCAAGGAUGGUCAGCCUCUUUCUCCUGAGCUUGACCCCAACAUUAACGUCCUGGCAAGUGGGCGUCGUCUGGAAGUGACCAAUGCCAAGCUCACAGAUCGAGGGUUGUACAUGUGUUUUGGGGAGAACGUGGCUGGAAAAGUGGAGCAGAGCUAUGAAGUCUAUGUACACGUUCCGCCCGAGGUGGAGAAGCCAGGUGAGGUGGAGAGUACAGAGGUCAUCAAGAACGGUACGCUGCGUCUACGCUGUCCUAUCUCGGGCAUCCCUCCACCCAAGAUCACGUGGUUGAAAGAUGAAUUCAGCAUCAAGUUCAACACCUCCAAGUACACACUACUCGAGGAGGGAUGGGUCCUGGAAAUCAAGUUUGCAGACAUCACCGACCGAGGGAGACAUUACUGCCUGGCCAAGAAUAUUGCCGGGGAAAAUGAGAAAGCCUUUGAUGUUGAUGUUUUAGUACCACCCCAGAUCAACCGCACAAACACAGUGACCGACCCCCAUGUCAUCGCCAACAGCACUGCUGUCAUUAGUUGCCCCAUGACUGGUAACCCCCAGCCUGAGAUUCUGUGGUAUCGCAACAAUGUGCUCCUUGAUGCUCGCAGCAACCCACGGUACGAGAUCCUGGCCAGUGGGAGACAACUCCGCAUUUACCGCACACAGCUCAAGGACGCAGGGCAGUACACUUGUGCCUCUCGCAAUAGAGCAGGAGAAGAAGAUAUCAACUUUGAUCUGGAUGUUUGGAUUGCACCUACCAUCAACACUCAAGGAAGCAACUUCGAACCCAAGGUCAUCGUAAACAGCACCAUUGACCUUGACUGCCCUGCAGAAGGCAACCCACCGCCAGCGAUCCGCUGGUUCCGUGAUGGCGCUCCCCUCAACACCAACGAUCCAGACAUUGUACUUCUAGAGCAAGACAUGAGACUGCAAAUCAGGAAUGCAGCAGUGGAAGAUUCUGCGCGAUACACAUGUCAAGUCAACAACCCAGCAGGGGAGGACGACAUUUCCUACGACCUCAGUGUACAUGUCCCUCCGGAGAUCAGGACAGAGGGAGUCAUCACUGACCCCAAGAUCAUUGAGAAUGAGACCUUGACCCUUGACUGUCCUGCCGAGGGUGUGCCAGUGCCAGAUAUCAUGUGGCUGCAGGAAGGACAGCCAAUCGACUUUGAAGCCAACCCUCACAUGAUUCUACAGGAUGGUGGUCGCCGCUUAAUAAUCCGAGGUGUCAAUGUCCCAGAUGCUGGCAACUAUUUGUGUGUGGCCUCAAAUGAAGCCGGGGAGGUAGAGCAGAGUUACGAUCUGGAAGUUUGGGUUCCGCCCCACAUUGAUGACACAGCUCGUGAGACCAACCCCCGGGUUAUAAAGGGCCUUGUAGCUACGAUGACCUGCCCUGUGUCUGGUAUUCCAUUCCCGGACAUCAAGUGGUUACGAAACAAUCGUGAGAUUGAAUAUGACUCUCGUGUGGAGGUACUUAAUGGCGGCCUCCAACUGCGAGUGCAGAACUCGUCUGAGCUUGAUACAGGAGUCUACAGCUGUAUUGCUUCCAGUCCAGCAGGGGAGGACAGGGCCGACUUCGACCUCGUCGUGCUUGUGAAGCCAGACAUCGAUGAGUCAAACGUGGUGUACAACCCAAAGGUGACAGAGGGGCGGCGAGUGCUGUUGGAGUGCCCCGUGUCUGGCAUCCCCAUCCCAGAGGUGGAGUGGCUCAUCAAUGGCAGCCCCUUGUCCCCGGAUGAAGUCAGGAUCCUCAACAACAACCGCCAUCUGGAGAUUGUGAGGGCUCUGGUGAAGGACACUGCCCAGUACACCUGUAUCGCCACCAACGAAGCCGGACAGUUGGAGAGGACAUUCAGCCUUGAAGUUCUUGUUCCACCGAGCAUCGACCGCAGCCUGGUACUAGAGAACCCAUCAGUGCACCAGAACAAGACCGUGACCUUGAACUGCCCUGUGGAUGGUGUACCACCCCCUAGCAUCCUGUGGUUGAAGGAUCGUGUCCCGCUGUUAGACUUCCCAUACCGUGACCUGCGAGUCCUGAAUGGAGACACCACCUUGGAGGUUAGCAACGCGCAGCUGGACGAUGCAGGGAACUAUACCUGCCGUGCCCUCAACCAAGCCGGCACCGACGAGGUGGUCAUCAAGCUGGAUGUGUUUGUCCCACCUGUGUUCAAUGGUAACGAGAGCCCCGAGAAGCUGAAUGUUGUGACAGAACAGCCAAUCACAUUGCCAUGCAACAUCAGCGGUACCCCCAAGCCUUCGAUCCUUUGGCUGAAAGAUGGUGAGAUCAUCGUGGCAGAGGAAAAUCCUAACAUUAUCAUAGAGAACGGAGGCAAGGCAUUGAAGAUCCUACAAGCGUCCACGAUCGACACAGCCAGAUACACCUGCCAUGCUGAGAACCAAGCUGGCUUUAUAGAGAAGCAGUAUGACCUUGAAGUUUUGCUUCCUCCAACAAUCAACGGCUCUGAGGUGACUCAAAACGUUCCAGUCAUUCUUGACCAAUCAGUGACUCUGGAGUGUCCAGCAGAUGGAAUACCACCCCCAGAGAUCAGGUGGUACAGGUCAGGGGAGAUAAUCCCUCAGUAUGGCAUCCCUAAUAUCCGUAUCCUUGAUAAUGGCAAGAAACUGUACAUUAUCAGUGCCCAACUCCUGGACUUUGGCGCCUACAGUUGCCAGGCCAUCAACACAGCUGGAGAAGCAAGCCUCCGGUUCGAAGUCUCUAUUAUGGUUCCCCCGGAAAUCGGAAACGGCGCCACCCAGAUCGCAGCCGAGGUCAACACACCGACAGUCCUUCAGUGUGAGACGAGUGGUCAGCCCCAGCCGAACAUCACCUGGACCAAGGAUGGCUCCAGCUUCCCCUCCACCGGCCUCCGGCACCGCAUGUUAAGGUCAGGGUCACUGGAGUUCUCACGGAUCAUGAUAGAGGAUGCUGGGACUUAUGAGUGCACUGCAUCCAACAGUGCAGGCAGCGCCACCCGCACCAUUAGCGUUGAUGUUCAAGUUCCUGCAAAGAUACUGAAUGUCGGGUCAGCUGUGGUGAAAUCUCCACUGUCCACUGGCAUUACCCUGCCCUGUGAAGUGGAGGGCACCCCCAAACCUAGAAUCUUCUGGCUGAAGAACAGGGCUCUCCUACGGGAGGAUAAGGGCUCCUACCACAUACUUUCCAAUGGCUCACUGCACAUCACAGACCUGCAGUUGUAUCAUCGGGGCGUCUACACCUGCAUCGCCCAGAACAGGGCAGGCUCCUCCAAGAGGGACAUCACGCUCCAAGUACAAGUUCCACCGACCAUCACUAUGGCAUAUCGGGACUUUGUGGUUCUCCAGAACCGAACAGCUGUGAUGCCAUGUAGCGCCACAGGAAUCCCGAAGCCUAAGAUCCGUUGGGAGAAGGAUGGGAAGGAGAUCACCUCCACCAACUACGGCCUCUCCUACAGCCACGUCCACUACAUCACGCUGCAGAACGGAGGACUUGCCAUACCCCAUGCAAGAGCUUUGGAUGCGGGGACAUACACCUGUAUAGCAGAGAACCAGGCUGGCAAUGUUUCAGAGAGCGUCUCCCUCACAGUGGAAGUCCCUCCAAAGAUCAAGCCUGCAGCUCCCCAGUUCGUGGUAACCGUUGGCGACCGGGCAACCUUGCCAUGUGAAGCAGGAGGAAAGCCUACCCCAAGGAUUUCUUGGACCAGAGAUGGGAGUUGGAUCAGCUCCAGGGACCCCAAGUAUACCCUCACAGAGGAAGGUUCUCUUAUCAUCGAGCGAGUGGAGGCGGAGGAUACUGGGAGCUACGUGUGUACGGCGGACAACAAGGCGGGUCGGGACUCCCAGAGCAGGCUGCUCAGGGUGCAAGUUCCACCACGUAUCAUCAUCAGCCCCCUGGACAAGGAGGUGACCAUCAACAAGAGGCUGGAGCUGGUGUGUGCUGCAGAUGGCGUGCCAACCCCCACAAUCACCUGGCUGCUCAAUGGCAAGCCCGUAGCAGCUCCCGUCAGUAUCAAUGGCCGCAGUGUGUACUUUGUGAGGAACGCUAUCCGGGCCGACAACGGCGAGUACACCUGUGUAGCCACCAACCCCGCCAACAACCAGCAGGUGACAGCAACCGCAAAUGUUGUCGUUAAAGUUCCUCCCAGGAUGCUUGUUCCCCCCGGCAACAAGGCAGUGAAGAUUGCGGAGAAGGUUGUCCUGGAGUGUUCAGUGGGUGGAGACCCAAUUCCUGAGAUUCUGUGGACAAAGAAUGGGCGUGCCGUAGAACUAAGCCACAGAAUACAGCAGCUAUCCAAUGGAUCGCUUGUCAUAUAUGAUUCUACAUCUUCGGAUGCAGGCGAGUACAAAUGUAUCGCUGUCAACACUGCUGGGACAUCUGAGAGCAGAGCAACAGUCACAGUGUGGUCUGGACCUUCAUUUAAGAUUGAGCCUCCAAAGAGUCAGAAAGUGGAUCAAGGGGAGACAAUCAUUGUGGACUGUACUGCAAGUGGCGACCCUAAGCCUGACAUGUAUUGGUGGAAGGAGACCACUCCCCUUGUUUCCUCUGGGCGCAUCACUGUACUGCCUAACAACUCACUCAGGAUUGUGGCAACCCAGAUGGAUGACUCUGGUCUGUAUCGCUGCUUCGCCACCAACAAGCUCGGCAAGACCUUCGUAGAGACGGAUUUGAAAGUGGUAGUCCAUGGCGGCUUCUCCGAAUGGGGUGAGUUUGGCGAGUGCAGCACCACGUGUGGUGUGGGCCUGCAUUUCCGCACCAGGUCAUGUGACAACCCUCCUCCAACCAAUGGUGGCCACCAGUGUAUCGGAGCUGCGCGGGAAAGCAAGUCCUGUAUAAUGGGAGAAUGUCCAGUUGAUGCCAGUUGGGGAAACUGGGGCGCAUGGAAGGUGUGCAGCAGUUCGUGUGGACCCGGUCAGCGGACCCGUACUCGUCUUUGUGAUAACCCCCCACCGCAGUUCGGGGGACUCUCCUGCGAGGGAGCUGGAGUGGACCAGUCACCUUGCAAUGUCAGAUCCUGUCCAAUUGACGGAAGCUGGGGCGACUGGGAUCCAUGGAGUCCUUGCACCACCACCUGUGGGGAGGGGCAGCAGUCCCGAGAGCGGAAGUGCAACAACCCACGGCCUCAGUUCGGGGGACUUCCAUGCCGUGGAGCAGGAAUCGACACACAGGCGUGCCACACACAGGCUUGUGCAGUUGAUGGCAACUGGGGCCAGUGGAUGGACUGGACAUCAUGUAGUGUGUCCUGUGGGGGCGGGUCAAGGACACGGGUCCGUCGCUGUGAUAAUCCUCGCUCUCAGUAUGGUGGUGCUGACUGUGUCGGCCCAGAACAGCAAGUGGACUACUGCAACAGUGAACACUGUCCAGUGCAUGGUAACUGGGCACUAUGGAGCACCUGGGGUGAAUGUAGUCGGAGUUGUGGAGGAGGACAGAUGAAGAGGUUCCGCACCUGCACCAACCCUAUCCCUGCCAAGGGUGGAAGACCAUGCACAGGACAAGGCGAAGAGGUCACGGAGUGCAACCAGCUAUACUGUCCUGUUGAUGGCAACUGGGAUUUAUGGGCAGAGUGGGGAGCAUGUUCCAAGACAUGUGACUACGGGACACGUGAGAGGCGGCGACAGUGUGUACAGCCACAGCAUGGUGGGCGACCGUGUCUGGGCAACGGCGGCAACGGCGUCCAGGUGGGCGAGUGCAUCAUCACAGCAUGUGACACCUCCCCAAGAACUGCUGAGGGCAACCUCGUCGGCAACAUCAACAACAUUGACAUCGUUGAGUCCACUAUUGUAUCUGAGAUGACACCAACUGACUCGGGCAUCAGGAUUAGGGCAACUAUCAGGAAUGUUCCCAGAGCUGUCGCUCCUCAUCUACAGCACCUGAUCUCUCUGCUCACCCCUGUGUACUGGACGACAGCCAUGGAGGUGGAUGGAGCUUACAAUGGUUAUACUCUAACGAAGGGCGUCUUCAACAGGAAGGUGCAGGUCGAGUUUGCAACAGGGGAAGUCUUAAGGAUGACCCACUACGCCACUGGUGUGGAUGACAAGGGGAAGCUCAAGUUUGACAUCGUGGUCAGUGGACAUGUACCCGACCUUGGCCAGAUCAGGAAUGUGUACAUCCACCCCUACACGGAACAGUAUGUGCAGACCGGACCAGGUGAAAUCUAUGCCUACUCCUCACGACUGUUCCGAGUUAAUGGAAACAGGAUGCCCUAUGCAUGGAACCACACCAUCACAUAUGAUCCUUCACUGGGCAAGAUGCCAUUCUUGGUGCAGCAGCUCUACGCUGAGGGCAUGGAGGUCAAUGUUGAACCCGGGGAGGAGGAUGUGCGCUUCCAGCUGUAUGCUAGCAUUGCACCAGGUAACCCAAGUAACCGAUGCCCCCGGGGUUUCUUCCACGAUGAGGAGGGAUCUUUCUGCCGAGAUGAUGAUGAGUGUUCUCGCCUCAAGCCAUGCAGUCACUUCUGUCACAAUGCACCUGGUAGCUUCUCCUGUUCCUGCCCUGUAGGAUUCACCCUGGAGUCUGAUGGCCGAUCAUGUAGAGACAUUGACGAGUGUCAGAAGAACAUUGAUGGAUGUCCUAUCAACAAGAAGUGUGUGAACACCAUCGGGUCGUACCAGUGUCUGGCCCAGUGCUCUGCUGGCUACAAGAGGGCUCUCAAUGGCCUGGAGUGCCAAGUGUGGAUUGUUGGUACAUUGAUGAGUGCAAGGAACAGCCGGACACAUGUGAGCAUGUGUGUGAGAACCUGGUUGGAAGCUUCCGGGUGCUCGUGUACUCAAGGCUUCACACUCUCACCUAACGGAAGAUGUGUGGAUGUUGAUGAAUGCAAGCGGCCCAACUCGCCAUGCCCCCAGAAGUGCCUCAACACUAAUGGCGGCUACAGAUGUGCUUGCCGGAAUGGAUACAAACUGGUUGGAGGGCGACAGGGUGCCUGUAGAGAUAUCAAUGAGUGCAUUGUGGGAACUCACAACUGCCCACGACAUCAGGAGUGCGUCAACACGCGUGGAAGUUACGAGUGCAUCAACAUCUGUGAGGAUGGAUUCAGGAGAAUUAGAAGUGGACAGUGUAUAGACAUUAAUGAGUGUACAAGCCGUCGUCAUCGGUGCUACUACAACCAGAGGUGUAUAAACACUGCUGGCAGCUACAAGUGCACGUGUCCUCAAGGCCUCGCAUCAAGGGGACCAGGGCAGCCCUGUACAGACAUUGAUGAGUGUGCAAUCGGAAAACACCAAUGUCAACACAACUGCACCAACACCAACGGCUCCUACCGUUGCCGCUGUCCCCCUGGAUACAGACUUGGGAAAGAUGGCUUCUCCUGUGUCGACAUUAACGAGUGUAUUGAGAAGCGGAUCAACUGUGGUUUUGAGAAGAUGUGUUUCAACACUCGUGGUUCUCACUCCUGCAUCGACAUCCCCUGCCCUGUGGACUACGCCCGUGAUCCCACCACGCAGUUCUGUGUUCUGGAGUGUGUGAACCCCAACAUCCCCUGCCCUCCUGGAGCAAAGUACGCAGACGUCAUCCAGUUCCGCACCCUCUCCCUCCCAAGCGGCAACGUUGCCCAGGAUCUCAUCCGAUUGACGGCUUACAACCAGAAUGACGAAAUCCUCAUUCAGACUACUUUCAAGAUUCUUGACAAUGACCCCAAAAUUGAGUUUUUGAUUCGAUUAGAGAAUGGUAAAGGAGUAGUCUUCACCAAGGAACCAUUACAAGACAAUCAGGUGUAUCGUAUUAAAGUGCGAGCGAAGUCGUAUGAUAAUCGAAGACUUCAUAUACAGUACCAAACCACCUUCAUUAUACACAUAUCGGUCUCAGCAUGGCCGUAUUAAUUUUCAACAUUUAUUUCCAGAAUUUUCUAUUUUUGAUUAAAUCCAUGAAUUCUUCACACCUUGAAGAAUAUUUGGUUAUUUCAUGUGCCUUGUGGGAUUUAUACAUGAUAAAAUAUAGAAUUGUACUUCAUGUUUAUAUGAACUUUCAGUGUCCAGAUAUCCUUACAAGGGUGUCAGGCCCAAUUGUUUUUUGUUAGCUGGUUAAUUUUCUGAAACAAAACUUAACAUUUCUGUAUUUCUUUUGCCUUCCGACUCAUUUACCCAAA